AUGGAUCGAUCAACAUUGGAUGUACCUCUAUCUCUGCUGCUGUGUGCCAUCUGUCUCCUCGUCCUGCCGUCCUCCUCUACCCCCCACCAGGAGUCAGAUGAUUCAAAGCUCCUCCAGGUGACCAUCCCCACCAGCCCGCCUGUGCUGGCCGUCCUGGGCGCCUCCCUCACCCUGCCCUGCCUGGUGUCCCUGUCCCACCCGCCGCCGUCCCCUUCCACCAACGGCCGGCACGCCGUCCUCUCCCUGCCACGCGUCAAGUGGAGCGUGCUGACCCAGGGCCACGAGGCCGAGAUCUUGGUCGCCCGUGGAGACAGGGUGAAAGUCAGCGAGGCCUACAAGGACCGAGCCUCCCUGCUCAAUUACGCCUACUCGCCCGCCGACCUCACCCUGCGGCUGGAGAACCUGAGGCACAACGACACCGGCUUCUACCGCUGUGAGGUGCAGCAGGGCCUGGAGGACGCCGACGAUGUGGUUCAGGUCAAAGUUAAAGGGGUGGUGUUCCAUUAUCGUGAUGCAUCCAGCCGGUACGCCUUCACCUUUGAGGAGGCUAGAGAGGCCUGCGAGGAGAUUGGGGCUCAGAUUGCCUCUCCAGAACAGCUCCUGGCUGCCUACAACAGUGGAUAUGAGCAGUGCGAUGCAGGGUGGCUCUCAGACCACUCCGUGAGAUAUCCCAUCCAGAUGCCAAGAGAGGGCUGUUUUGGGGACAUGGAUGGACUGCCAGGAGUGAGGAACUAUGGUUUGCUGGAGCCUGAUGAGCUUUAUGAUGUCUACUGCUAUGUGGAGAAUAUUGAGGGGGAGGUCUUCCAUGGCGCCGCCCCCCAGCGUUUCACCCUAUGGGAGGCCAAGGCCUACUGCCAGAGUCAGUGGGCGCAGCUGGCUACCACAGGUCAGCUGUAUGCAGCCUGGAAUGAUGGGCUGAACCAUUGUAGUCCGGGGUGGCUGGCAGAUGGAAGCGUGCGGUACCCUAUCGUCACCCCUAGAGAGCGCUGUGGUGGUGGCGAGCCUGGCGUCAGAACUGUCUAUCGCUAUAGCAACCAGACGGGCUUCCCUGAGCCUCACACUCGCCACGAUGUCUACUGCUUCAGAAGCAAUAAUAGCCCACACACUGAAUCUCCAUUGGAUUUCUUGGCCACCGAGCCGGAGGACAUUGGCCAGGACAUUGUUUCCCUGACUAAUCCCAUGCAGGAGGUCGGCGUGAGUGAGGUGACUCAGAGCCCAGCGGAGGGCCACACUCCAACGGUGGGAUAUUACACGGAGCUGCCAUUCACCGUGGACCCUCAUGAGCCUGUCACUCCCCCGUCCCAACAUGGAGAGCCCACGUCCACCAAGGACAUCUGGGAGCCAGUGGAGGAGGUUAGGUACCCUGAGUCCUAUCAGCCCGCACCUGAAGGAGACCCAGACAUAAGCAACCCUGUUUCAUCUCAUGAGGAGCCUCAUGAAAGUCCAACAUCUUCUCCAGAGAUUUCAACUGUUGGUGAAGAACCCACUUUGCUCACAGAGGAUGCUGAGUCCUCAGAUCCACAUGAUUUUAUUUCUGAGAAUGAACAAGAGACUGAUGCCUCCGGUUUUAAUGCAACAUCUGUAGCCGAUACAGAUGAAACUCUUGAGAACUUUCCACAUGUGCAUCAGGAAACUGAUGCUCCUGUUUCUCAAGAGGACCACAACAUAGAUAUCCACUUGGAGAAUGCCACUGAAACUGAGCUGGUCUACCCAAGUGUCUCUUAUGAGGUUUCAGGAAGGCCAGAGGAGGCUAGCGCUGGUGGUGUUGAGGAGACGUCGGUGGUGGCUACGUCACCCCACGAUGAUGAAGCAGACAUCCGCUCCACCACCGUGUUUCCAUACUUUGAAAACACAACACCGCAGAACCCUCAAACAGAGGACGACUCUGGAGAGGAGACUGCAAAUCCCCUCCCAGAUGAAGACACCAGUUUUAUUGAGUCGUCUGUCAUCCAAACAGGGGAACAUGGUGGUUCUGCCGCUGACGAAACAACAAACUCAGUCACUCAAAACCCGAUUGACAUGGACAUGUAUGUCAACUCUGGAAUGGCCCCUACCUCUGAGUCUGAUUACGGUCAUACUCAUGAACAGUCAGGUGUAACAAUCGAGUCCUCGGCCCCUGUUGAUCAUGGUGACGAGGAAUCUGAAGCUACUUCACUGGAGACGGCACCGGAUGAUGCCAGCAGCUUCAGCGGCCAGACUGAGCACACUAAUGCUGCAGAAAUCCCAACGGUAGAAGUCAUCACCGUCACCGAUGACUCUGGCUCCAGUGAUGAGGGCUCUGUCCCAAAGAAUGAUCUGGUAACUUUGUUGACAUCACCGAUUCCUGUGACCUUGUCGCCCCCUUCUGCUGAGGUUGAGGCUAGCUCCCCAGGUGAGUUUAUUACCCUCAUUCCUGAAAGCAAUGCCCCAUCUGGGUCUGAAGAAGAAGUCCAGCAUAAAAUUGAGCAGGAGGGAUUAGGUGCAAGCCCAGAGAUUUUCCUCAGCGCUGCUCAAAAUAUCACAGAUGCAACCUCUGGACAGGGGGAGAUCGUGGACGGUGAUCCGGAGGGCACCAGACAGGAAGUAGAAGAGGAACAUUCGGGAUCAGAUGUGGGAUCAGGUGAAUCCUCAGGAGAAGGCUCAGGGGUCAAACCAGACCUCCUGUCAAAAACGCCGAAUCUCUCAACAGACCACAGAUCCGAGGGAAGUGAGACAGGCACCGACCUUCCCUCAGCAGACAUAGAAAUCACGUUGCUCCCCGAUCUGACCGUCACCCCCGGCUGGGAACCAGAGCCUUCCCCCACCGCACCGCAGGAGUCCCGCUCUGACCUCGAAUACAGCGCCGAACCCCCUGCUACCGAGGAACCCGAUGAUGUCCCGAAAGAGCAAGAGGUCACGGAGGACGAGCCGACCUCCUCCCCAUCUACAGAAGAACCAGAGGAGACCCCGAGUCCGGCCUUCACCACAGUUGCUGAUUUGACUGUGACUGCUGCCACCUCACAUCUGCAGGAUUUUGAGGAAGAGGAGCACACUACCGUUGCUGCUACACCGCCUGCUAGUGGAGCAUCUGCAACUAGUUUAAAAAACGAAGAAUUGUAUCCACUACUAUGUUAUUAUGAUCUUGAGGAUAAAAGCCUUAAAAUAACUCAAAUGUUUCCGGUAUUGCUCUUGUUUGUGCAUUUAUUCUGUAAAGAUGUCUGCCUGGGGAUCCUGUGCUUGAAUGGAGGCACCUGUGUGGAAGGUGGACCAACAAGGUGCCUGUGCCUGCCCGGUUAUGGAGGAGACUUGUGUGAAACAGACCUGGAGUCAUGCGAGCCAGGCUGGGAGAAGUUUGAGGGCUUCUGUUACCGUCACUUCACCAAGCGGCAGGGCUGGGAGGUGGCCGAGCAGCACUGUCGCAUGUGUGGAGGCCACCUGGUGUCCGUCAUGACCCCCGAGGAGCAGGACUACAUCAACGAGAAAUACAAAGAAUACCAGUGGAUCGGACUAAACGACAGAACCAUCGAGGGAGACUUCCGCUGGUCGGACGGGAACCCUCUGCUGUUUGAGAACUGGUACCGAGGCCAGCCGGACAGCUACUUCCUGUCCGGGGAGGACUGUGCCGUGAUGGUGUGGCACGACGGCGGCCGCUGGAGUGACGUGCCGUGUAACUACCACCUGUCCUACACCUGCAAGAAGGGAACCACCUCCUGCGGGGAGCCCCCCAGUGUUCCCAAUGCAAGUCUCUUUGGUAAGCAGCGGCUGCGCUACGAGACCAACUCCAAGGUGCGGUACUUCUGCGAGGAGGGUUUCCUGCAGAGGCUAGACCCCGUCAUCAAGUGCCUGCCCAGCGGACAGUGGGAGGAGCCUCAGAUCACCUGCAUACCCAGUAAAGACCCACAGCUACCACUGGUCGACCUACAUUAG